AUGGAUCAAAACAACACCCUACCUAUGACUGCUGGAAACGCUUACAAUGAAAAUUGCCACCAGCAGACUCUCAUCAUGGAGGGUUCAUUGCCGUUGUUCGAUGAUAUAAACCUCGGAUCGAAUCUUACGAUAGUUGACUAUGGCUGCUCACAGGGCCGUAACUCAAUAGCCAUGAUGCAGCGUGUUCUUAACCGCAUGGCUCCUUCAUCCACCGCUUCUCUCGUCUUCGAAGACCUGCCAUCGAACGAAUUCGCCAGUCUUAUCAGACUUCUUCCAGAACUAUCUGCUUCCAACCCCACUCUGAAAAUUUACCCCUCCUUGAUUCCCAGGUCCUUCUAUGAGCCUGUUAUUGCUCCUGCAACCGUGGAUAUUGGCUUUACCUCCAGUACCAUUCACUGGCUCAAACGGAUGCCACUUCUCAAACCACCAACUGAGACAGUUAGUGAAUAUUACGCAAAACGUACUUGUCGAAAUGCUCCUGAAGCGGAAGAGAACUUCAGAGAAUUCCUCACUUUACGUGGUCAGGAGAUCAAAAGUGGUGGUUAUUUCAUUAUUGCGUGCUUUGGCAGUUUCACUGAGGAAGAAAUAACUCGCUACAAAGAUGCUCUCAUCCUACGUCACAGAAUUUUGUUCCAAGCUGCUGAAAAGCUUGCAAAUGAAGGGAAACUACCAUUGAAAGCUAUGGAAAAAAUUAAUGUGCCCAUCUACGAUCGAUCAGAAGAGGAGUUUCGUUCUGGAAUUGAGGAAUUGAAGGAUACGUGGGUUAUGGAGGAAUACUAUCGCAAGAUGAUUCCUCAUCCUGCCUAUGACAAAUACCUCAAAGCGUGCGAGCUCGAGGAUGCGGAUGAAAACAGCAAAACGGAAGCUGCUAAAGCUUACGCAGGGGCUUUGAUAGACUGGCUUGUAGCAGUCAUGGGGGAUAUGAUAAAGAAUUGGUGGAGGGAAUCAGGAGUUGAAGACGAUAAAGUUGAUGAAAUCUAUCAGGAAUUAUUGGUUGUGGCAAAAGAUCUCCUUUGGAAAGAAGGUCCAGGAGGUGCUGAAAUUCCGCUCAUGUAUACUAGACUCAGGAGAGCUUAG